AUGCCUGGUAUUUCUUCCACUGCCCCCAUGCUUAAGGCUUCAUUUCUGUCCGUGGUCCAUCUGGUAGUCUCCUACAUUACAAACAGCUGCUCCUGCUCAUCAGCCUUAGGUCUGUGCCCUCAUCUACUCCGUCCGUCCUCAAAGUCUGCAUCACCAGUCCCUCUACCCUGAUCUCUGCCAAGGAAUGAAAAAAGGGGAAAGAUAGGGAAAUAGUCAUUAUAGUUGACAAAAACGUUUAUGUUUUCUUUCAAGUUGAAAGAGUUCGUUUUAUUCGGAUCAAUUGACAGAUAGUGGAUUUGAUCCCUCAACACAUCAAGCCAACUGAAAAGGCACCAGCCGGGUCUAAGCAGCUGCAUCUCAGACUCCAGACAAGCACCAAGCACCGUAAAGUGAGCAUCAUUGUUCUCCUUUCCGAGGUAAACAACAGAAGGAGGAGGGCGGAAGGGCAGAGGGAGCACCUUCUUCCUCCCUAAAGUACCCCCAGCUGCCAAGACCCCAGUCAGGCCGUUCCAGAGGUGUGGUGUGUGACGGGUGAUGGCCGACUGGAGUCUACUGGGAAACUUCUUGGAAGAGGUGCAGGAACACUCGACGUCUGUGGGCAAGGUGUGGCUCACCAUCCUCUUCAUCUUCCGUAUUCUCGUCUUGGGCACGGCCGCUGAGUCGUCGUGGGGCGACGAGCAGGAGGACUUCACCUGCGACACGGAGCAGCCUGGUUGCGAGAACGUUUGUUACGACACGGCCUUCCCCAUCGCCCACAUUCGCUACUGGGUGCUGCAGAUUGUCUUCGUGUCCACACCGUCGCUCAUCUACAUGGGCCACGCCAUGCACACGGUGCGCAUGGAGGAGAAACGCCGGCGCAAGGAGCAGGAGGACCAGGGGGGAGGUGACGGGGAAGAAGGAGGGGAAGGAGGAGAGGAGAAGCAUUAUCUGGAGCACGGGGAAGACAAGGGGGGAGAGUGCGGGAAGGAGGGCAGCGGCAUAGGGAGGGUGCGUCUGCGCGGGGCGCUGCUGCAGACUUACGUGUUGAGCAUCCUGAUCCGGACGCUAAUGGAGGUGGUCUUCAUCGUGGUGCAGUACAUCCUCUACGGGGUCUUCCUCAACGCCCUGUACGUGUGCCACAGUCGGCCCUGUCCCCACCCGGUUAACUGUUACGUCUCGCGGCCCACGGAGAAGAAUGUGUUCAUCGUGUUCAUGCUGGCCGUGUCGGGCGUGUCGCUGUUUCUCAGCGCCGUGGAGCUCUACCACCUGGCCUUUAAGCAAUGUCAGAGGUUUCUGAGGAGUAAACGACAACAGCAACAACAACAGCAACAUCAACUGCUACAAGGACGCACGCCCUCAAGUGCUACGGUCAUAGCCGCUGAACCAGACAGCCCACCCCGUCCGUCCAUGCCAUGCACCCCGCCCCCAGACUUCAGCCAGUGUGUGAGCUCUUCCCCUCACACACACCCCAUGCACACCCAAUCCCACUCCCAUCCUAGCUGCCCUCCCUUCAACAACCGGCUGGCCCACCAGCAGAACUCAGUCAACAUGGCCACUGAGCGCCACCGCGUUGUCCACGAUGACCUGGGGAAGGAAGACUUCCUGCACAUGACCUAUGAGGGGCACGCCGACACGCCCAACGCCUGCAUCCCGCCCCCUUCGCUGCUCCAAAACGGCUACCAAAAUGGCUACCUGAAAGACAAGAGGCGUCUGAGCAAGACCAGCGGCUCCAGUAGCCGCGUGCGACCCGAUGACUUGGCUGUGUAGCCCCAAUUCCCAACACACACACAGUGUUCCUGGAUCGUUUCAAACACACACACACACACACACACACACACACACACACACACACACACACACACACACACACACACACACACACACACACACACACACACACACACACACACACACACACACACACACACACACACACACACACACACAGAAGAAUGGGAUGACUAUGGCUCGUCUGUUGUGGUGGACUAAUUUGAGCACUGCAUGGCACAA